AUGUACGACUGGCCGGGUCCUGCCAGGCCUCUUGCGACAGAGCCACUUCGAAUCGUUGAGGACAGGGCGUACCUUUGCUUGGAGGAGGCCUUUUACCAGCACUGGAGUAUGAGUCGAUGCAUUUGCAUUGGAGAUUCGAUGCACACGAUGGCUCUGAAUAUCGGCCAAGGCGGCAAUAAGGCAAUUGAGACAGCUGCAUCAUUUGCAAAUUGUCUAUCCAUUUUGGUGGAGUGUUCUGGAGGACACGGUCCGAUUGCUCUCCAGAGCAUCCAUGCCGCUCUGCAAGACUGGCAAAAGGUCCGGCAACCUUGGGCUAAAGAGAUCCUGGCACUGACAAACGAGGCGACUCGACUCGACUCGGGCGCAACUAUUAAGCAUACCAUAAUCUCGCAAUAG